UAUCCUCUCCAUGAAUCAUCUUCUCCUACUCUCUCUCCAUGUGAUAUUUCACCCACUUGUCCUCGUGAGGUACUUUGAACCCAGGUAACGAGACCUCUCCAACAUCCCCGGGGAGGGCUGCUUAUCUUCCCCCACGCCGCGGGACAGUUCGUCCCUUCGUUGAACGGCCCAGCUCGCCGUCAUAGCUGGGUCGUCGCUACAUAACCCCCUCCUAUCCUCCUUUUUUUUAUUUUUGAUUUCCUUCUCCCGAGUAGGGGGUUUUUUUCUUUUUCUUUUUUUUUUUUCCCCGUGGCAUCCAUCCACUGUAUCCUGUGAUCCGGGACCGUCCUCCCUCCCUCCCUCUACGCUUUCCUAUCUGUGACUGGCUCCCUUGUUGAGGAUGGAGCCCCGCAGGACCCCUCCGGAGUACUUUCUGGAGAUAUUCGCUGACACCACCACCGUCCGGGACGUUCUCAAGGGUGUCCUCAACCUAAUCUUCUUCCACCGAUACUUUCCGUCCAUCCGACCCACUACUUUCGACGUCCUCGACUUCACCCUCCCCGCUAUUAACGAUGUCGAUCUGGAAACCCUCAUUGAUUCGCGCAUCAGCUCCUUAGUCCGCCAACACUCCUCCUCAGCAACCGGCGGUGGCAGCGGUAGUGCCCACGAACCCAGUGGCAGUGGUGGCGUCCGUGGUCGCAUCGCGGUUGAAUUCUAUGAAAAGAAGCGCAGGCGCUCUGGAAUCUGGUUCUCCGGUCUGGCAGGAAAGGCCGAGGAAGAGGUAUGUUGGGAGGUCUGGAAUCUAGACGUGACCAUUGCCACCCCGCGAACAGAGUCAGAACGUGCCAAAGUCCGCAAAGCAAUGGAAAACAUGCUCCAAAAAGCUGCGCUCAAGAUCCUCACCGUCGUCAACCGCGAUAAAGAUCAUAUCCCCCCCAUCACAACCAGUGACUCGAAUCCGUUUCCUUACCGGAUUGUGCUGAAUCCCCGUACAGACGGGUGGCAGAAUCGCUUCGGGUUGUACUGAUCUACCUAAUCCCGAGAUUGAUUCCUUUUUUUUUUUUUUUUUUCC